CAGCACGACAUCAAACCCCGACACUACCAGAAAAAUCCCCUCCCACAGGAAUAAUGGCCAUUGCACCUCUUUCCCCAACAGACCCCUCGAAUCUGAAGGGUCUCUCGAUUCUAAUCACAGGCGGAGCGUCCGGCCUUGGCCAACACGCCGCAACAUUCUUCGCCAAAUCCGGCGCCUUCGUCACAAUCGCGGAUAUUCAAGACGGUUCUGCAACUGCAACAGAGCUCUCCGAACAGGGCUACAAAGUGCAAUAUGUGCACUGCGACAUCACGAACUGGGACUCCCAGGUCGCUACUUUCCAAGCUGCACUCCGGUUCUCACCGACAAAGACUCUCGACGCCGUCGCUGCGUUUGCGGGCGUGGAUGGAACAGGCCAUCUAGUCGACCAUGUUGCGGUGACGGAACCCUCUCUCGAUAUCGCUCCUCCAAUCCCCAGCCUCGCUCCGAUCGAAGUCAACCUCAAAGGAACAUUCUACACCGCAACCCUCGCACUCCACUACUUCCGCCUGACACCACAGAACACCUCCGCAGCCCUCAAAUCCAAGUCCCUAACCAUAGUCUCCAGCCUAGCAGGCUACGUCGACGACACACACAGCACAGCAUACACAGCCUCGAAAUUCGGAAGCCGCGGGCUUUUCCGCGGAAUCCGCGCCCAGGCGCAUUCACAGCUCAAUGUGCGCGUCAACGCAAUCUGUCCCUGGGCGAUGAAAACGCCCAUGAUUGAGGCUGCGUUGGGGCGUAUGGCGGAGUUUGGGAUCCUGCCGGAUAAGGGGAUUACGCUUGUGCCGCAUGAUGUGCUGAGCCAGGCGCUGGGGAGGAUAGUGGCGGAUGAGGGGGUGCAUGGCCGUGCUAUUGCGAUUGUGCCAGAGGGCGCGGUGGAUUUGGGGGAUGAUAUUGAUGGGGCCUAUGCUGGGCCGGUGUUGGUGGAGUUGAUGGCGCUGAGGAAGGCUGCGGGGGACUUUUUGCAUAGCUAG